GUUCGUGGCUUUGUUAUUGUUGUUGUAAACUCACUGCGCUGCGAAUGUCUCGUAUACACAAUCACAAGAAUUCACGAAUAUUCGUACGAAUUGGUCUCAAGCGCUUGUGUUCCUACCCCCUAGUUGUUUUGUUGAAAAAAAAGAGUCCAUGUAAUCAGAUGAAAAAAGGUUAGUUGAUAACGAUAAGUUCAAUAAAAAUUACAACAUUUGGGACGACCGACGAAAAAUUGUUACACCAAGGUUACACGAAAAUUAGAAAUGAGGAUUCAUUUGGUUUCUUGGUGGAAGCAAACAACACAUCUGAAUGGAUAUGGAAAAUGUACUACAAAUAUGGCAUGGGCGGUUUCUUGGUCAUAAUUACAGUGCCGUCCAUUGCAUCGGUUUUAAUUUGUUGGCUAUUGAAUGGAAAUUUUGAUUUGACGCUCACCUUUCAUCCACUUAAAUUUCUUUUGCCUUGGGAUCAAACAACAUUGUUCGGAUAUUUUAGCGAGAUAAUUUACAAUAUUUUAAUUUCUGAAGCUUACAUGCUGUACAAUGGUGCGGUUCUUAUACCAUUUAUUUCGAUUUGUUUGCAUCAUUGGGCAUUUUAUAAAAUAUUUUGUCAUUUACUUCGCUAUUUGGAUCGUCACGAUGAAAAUCGAAACGACAAGGAGUUUGUGUGUGAUAUAAUCGAUUUCCAUAACUCGAUUAAAAGAUGGUUUUCGGAGUCGGCAAAAUUGUACGGCCCACAUCUUAUGGUUCAACUCAUUUGCAACAUGUUGAUGUUAGUUAUGCCUGUAUUCCAGCUGGAUCAGCUUAUUCUCAAACAAUUCGACAUCAAGAUUUUCGCCUUUUCAUUAUUAUGCAUAUCAACUAAUCUAUCGAACUUAUUUUUGUGCUGUUAUCUCGGUAAACUGGCAUCUGAGAGCUAUAGAAAAAUGGCUUACUCUUUGUAUGAAUGUAAUUGGUAUGAAUUUCCGUUGGACAUGCAAAGAUAUUUCAUUUUGAUGAUUGUCAACGCUCAGAUACCGCUUCAUUAUCACGGAUAUGGACUUAUCACGCUGCAUUUGGAAACAUUUUCUAAUUUGAUGAGAACCGUUUUUAAGUGUUAUAUGAUGUUCAAGACAUUGACGACAAAUUGAACUGGUUGAGGAGGAAUGAACAAAUUUAUGGGAUCUGUAUUGCGUCUUUUGACACCUUCAUGCUUCAAAGAAAUGGCCAGAAAUCAAGAUAUGGCCGAUUUAUAUGGAAAUCCUCCAUUAUUGCCAACAACUCCCAUUUAUCUCACAACAAUGAUACCAUCAUAGUUUUAUGUACCUACUUUUUAAGAAUGAUUGUCUUCGACCCAAUGUUCAUUGUUUACAUUUAUACACAUCAAUAAAAUACAACACAU